CUUUCAGACACAGAGCUGAUGCCCAGAACCCUCUAUCUCAGAGAUGUUACAGCUGCUGCUGCUGCUGCCUCUGCUGUGGGCAGGGUCCCUGGCUAAGGAUGGGAGAUUCCAGCUGCUAGUGCAAGAAUCCGUGUCUGUGCAAGAGGGCCUGUGCGUCUCUGUGCCCUGCACCUUCACCUAUCCCUGGAACUCCUUGACUGACACUGUCCCAGCUCACGGCUACUGGUUCUGGGAAGGGGCAAAUAUAUACCGUGAUGCUCCUGUGGCCACAAACAACCCAGAUCGAAAAGUGCAAGAGGAGACUCAGGGCCGAUUCCACCUCCUUGGAGACCCCCAGACCUACAACUGCUCCCUGGACAUCAGAGAUGCCAGGAGGAGUGACAACAGAAAAUACUUUUUUCGCGUGGAGAGAGGAAAGGAAAAACGGAAUUACAAGUCUAACCUCUCCGUGCGUGUGAUGGCCCUGACCCACACGCCCCACAUCCUCAGCCCGGGUACGCUGGAGUGUGGACACCCCAGGAACCUGACCUGCUCUGUGCCCUGGGCCUGUGAGCGGGGCACACCCCCCAUCUUCUCCUGGACAUCAGCUGCCCUCACCUCCCUGGGUCCUAGGACCCACCUCUCCUCUAUGCUCACCCUCACCCCACGGCCCCAGGACCAUGGCACCAACCUCACCUGUCAGGUGCAGUUCCCUGCAGCUGGUGUGACUGUGGAAAGGACCAUCCAGCUCGACGUCACCUGUGCUCCAGAGAACCCAGCCAUCGGUGACUGCCAAGGGGAUGGCACAGCUGCAGGGGAACUGGUGACAAGGACAGGAGUGCUUCUGGGGGCCAUCGGGGGAGCUGGUGUCACUGCACUGCUUGCUCUCUGCCUCUGCCUCAUCUUCUUCAUAGUGAAGACCUGUAGGACGAAAGCACCCAGGACAGUGGUGAGUGUGGAUGACAGCAGAUCAGCUUCCCUGGUGAGUGAUAUCUGGAGGCCUGAUGGGGGCAGAUAUCCUGACCAGAGUGACUUCAGGAGAGAAUGGGAGGAGAGGAAGUGGAACGACUCUUUGGAAAAUGUUGCUGUUAAUCUAGAGCUGAGAACCCAGUCUGCAGCAGAAAAUGCUUCUACUCCUAAAUCCUCCGGAGCUUCCUGGGAUCACCAGCAGGAGUCUAAGUUAGACAGCCCCACUGACCCCACAAGUUCUGCAGGCACCGCCUCCCCCUUGGAGAUGGAGCAGGAGCUGCAUUAUGCAUCCCUCAGCUUUAACAGGGUGAAUCCUCAGGAGCACACCUAAAGGACCCACUGAGGAACCAACGGGAGCAUCAGGCUCAGCCAGAGCGUCCAUAUCCCCUACAGGAAGCAGGGCCAAAAGGCUGAUUCUUGGAGGCUUCACAUCCCCAUAGACAAUGGGUUUAUAAACUAUUGCAUGUGAGUUUCCUGCUGUACUGGAACUAUAUUAGGCUUUGCAACCAGAGAGACCUGGGAUCCAAUCCAUUCUCUCUUAUUUGCUAAGACUAUGACAUCAGGUGAGCCAUCUUACCCUUCCAUGUCUUGGCUUCCUGCUUUGUAAAAUGGGAGUAAGAAGACUUACCUCACAGAGUUGCUGUGAAGAUUAUUAAAUAAAAGUACAUAUGGAAAACACCCAGAAUAAAUCCUCUUACAUUGUGA